GUAUAAAUAUAGAAGUUGUGAAUCCCGGAGAUCCUCUUAGAAAAUUUACUCGUAAUCAAGUCUCUAAAAGUCGUCUACUUUCUACAAUGACAUCUAAUUCAUCAUACGGGUCCUCUCUUCCACUUUUACAACCACAAAAGAAGGAAUCAUCAACACAAAUCUAUUUUGAAGGCCGUCCAUUACCAGAUCAUUUAAUAAACUUUUCUUCACCGAUUGGAAAAGAACUUUUUAAACAGGCACUUAAUGAGGGCUAUGCAGAAGGUUACCUUAACCUGUCUAGUUGUUUUGCACAUCAAAUGGAUCCCGCUUUUUGCGGUUUAAGUUCUUUAUCAAUUGUCCUAAACGCUCUACAAAUUAAGGGUGCACCUAUAUGGAAAGGUCCGUGGCGCUGGUGGUCUGAUGAACUUUUGAAUUGUUGCACACCUAUAGAAGAAGUUAAGAAAAAUGGUAUCACUUUUUCUCAAUUCGCGUGUUUAGCAAAAUGUCAUUGUGAUGUUAUUGUUAAACGUGCAGACCGCACACCAAAGGAAGAAUUCAUUGCGGACUUGAAGAAUGUUUGUUCAAGUUCAGAUGUUUAUAUGGUGAUUUCAUUUUCUAGAGCUGCUAUGAAACAAACUGGUGAUGAAGAAUAUGGUUUUAGUACUAGAUACCGCAAGGUAAUAAUAUCGGUGCUUUAUCAUUUUGUUGGAAUUUUAGUAAUUUUAAUUGACUUUCCUUUUAUGUAUAGGUUUAAAUAUCCAUCCUAUUUUGCAUCUGCAGAUUUGUUAUAUGAUUCCAUGUUACCCUUGGAUAAAGAAACAGGUCUUUCACGCGGAAAUAAUCCUGUGGUCAAUUGGACUGCACUUGGCAAGACAUUUUGUAAAGAUAUUCCAGAACGCUUACUAAUAGAAAAACCAAAAACGUUAGAAGAGGUGGCAAGUGUGGUUUUAGCUGAUCCAUUUAUAAUGUCUCUUCAACAUGCUUUACGAGCUGAUAUUGAAAAUCUUAAAGAUGAAAUAUCUGAAUCUGGCGAAAGCCACACUAGUACUCUACUCAAUGAUAUUAAAAUGACUGCAUUGUAUCCUAUUGUUCGAUCUAUCUUUCAGAAAAUACAACAAAAUUCAUCAUUUGAUCAUUCUAGCGAAAAACAAGUUGUUUUUGCUACGCUUUUUCUUCUUUCUUCUCCGUCCAUGUUAUUUAAAAGUUUGGAACCAGAAUUAGCCAAAAAAUUGGAAUUUUACCGUGAUUGUACAAAUAUGUCAUCUACCUUAAAGUAUGAG